AUGAAAGAGACACCAAGCGAAGCGCUUCGCUACAUCUCCCCCGUGUGGGAGUUCUUGGAUGCAGCACUGGAGGAUGGCUGCAAUGUGCUGGUGCAUUGCCAUGCGGGAGCACAUCGUGCGGGCACGACCGCCGUGGCAUACCUGAUGCAUGCGCAAGGCGUAA